CACUGACUGGCACUAUUAGGUGUGGCACUGACUGCACUGAUAGGCAGCACUGACUGGUACUGAUGGGUGACACUGAAAGGCAGCUCAGAUGGGCACUGAUAUGUGGCAUUGAUGUGCACUGGUAGGGCACUGAUAUGUGGCAUUGAUGAUGGGCACUGGCACAUGGCACUGAUGAGCACUUACAGCUGGCACUGAUGGACACUGACAGAUGGCACUGCUGGGGCUACAUUGAUCAUCAGGGCACACUGAUCAUCAGUGCUCUGAUGAUCACUGUCAGCGUGACAGCUCAAGAGGAGAGAAAUGCCGAUAACUGGCAUUUCCCUGUUUACAUGUGAUCAGCUGUGAUUGGA